CAGUGAUCAUCGCCACCAAUGUGAUUCCAAGUCGCCAGCUUUGCUUUUGCUUUGCUUUGCUUUGCUCGCUCUGGACUGGACUCGGGCGGAUUACCCAACUCCAUUAAACACCAUCCCAAGCUAAUCCCUUUCUUCGUUAACUCCGUCGUCAAAAUAUAUGCCUUUCUUCUUUACGAUCCAUCGUAUAUAAUUCUUCUUCUUCUUCUUCUUUCUCCAACCCACGAUACAUAGAUACAUAGUUCCUAAGAAGGGAAACAUGACGAGCAUAACGGGAACUUGUUCUACUGGUUUGCUCUUCAAAUCUAAGGAAUCGGGUAGUAAUAAUGGGCUUUCUUUGCUUCACUACAAUGGUCUCAGAGCAGUUGUUGACACCACAAAAUUGGCUUCACCCGCCUGCAAAUCAUCUGGAUCCUUGGCUUCUUCCGUUUCAGAAACCAGAACGAUCAAAGCGGUUGUUUCUCAAACUGUAUCAGCUCCGAAGCGAGAAACUGAUCCUAAGAAGAGAAUUGUCAUAACAGGACAAGGUCUUGUAUCGGUUUUUGGCAAUGACGUUGAUACAUUCUAUAAUAAACUUCUCGAAGGACAAAGUGGGAUAUCCUUAAUUGAUAGGUUUGAUGCCUCGUCAUUCUCUGUUCGUUUCGCCGGUCAGAUUCGUGAUUUUUCCUCCAAGGGAUAUAUUGAUGGUAAGAAUGACCGUCGCCUGGAUGACUGUUGGAGGUAUUGUUUGGUUGCUGGUAGGAGGGCAUUAGAUGAUGCCACUCUUGGUACCCAAGUCCUUGAAACUAUGGAUAGGACGAGAAUUGGAGUCUUAAUUGGAUCAGGAAUGGGAGGUUUGACAUCAUUUAGCAAUGGAGUGGAGGCUCUCAUACAAAAGGGUUACAAGAAAAUAACUCCAUUUUUCAUCCCAUACUCAAUUACCAACAUGGGAUCGGCAUUGCUAGCUAUUGAUACCGGAUUAAUGGGUCCAAAUUACUCAAUCUCAACCGCAUGCGCAACUGCAAACUACUGUUUCUACGCAGCUGCAAAUCACAUAAGAAGGGGAGAAGCUGAUAUCAUGGUUGCUGGAGGAACAGAGGCUGCAGUUAUGGCAACUGGUGUUGGCGGUUUUAUAGCUUGUCGGGCUUUGUCACAGAGGAAUGAUGAACCGCACAGAGCUUCAAGGCCAUGGGAUAAAGAUCGCGAUGGCUUUGUUAUAGGAGAAGGUGCAGGCGUGCUGAUUAUGGAGAGCUUGGAACAUGCUGAGAAAAGGGGAGCUAAUAUAAUAGCUGAGUAUCUAGGAGGUUCAAUUACAUGCGAUGCUCAUCACAUGACUGACCCGAGAUCAGAUGGGUUAGGAGUGUCGUCGUGCAUUUCGAAAGCUCUAGACGAUGCUGGAGUUUCUCCCGAUGAGGUGAACUAUAUUAACUGCCAUGCAACAUCAACACUUGCUGGAGAUUUGGCUGAGGUUAAUGCUAUCAAGAAGGUUUUCAAGAACACUUCAGAGAUUAAGAUGAAUGGAACCAAGUCGAUGAUUGGGCAUGGGCUGGGAGCUGCAGGUGGAUUGGAAGCUAUAGCCACCAUCAAAGCAAUCAACACAGGAUGGCUCCAUCCCACCAUCAAUCAAGAUAAUUUGGAAGAUCAAGUAACUAUCGACACAGUUCCAAACGUCAAGAAACAGCACGAAGUCAAUGUCGCCAUCUCCAAUUCAUUUGGUUUCGGUGGACAUAAUUCGGUUGUUGUUUUUGCUCCUUUCAAGCGUUGAACAAAGAAACCGUUAUUUUCUGUUUAGCGGUUCAGAACUCGAAACAUAUUUAUUGUGUAGAUCGAGAGAAAUCGUAAUUUAUACAACACUGGGACUGCAUCCUGGGAUGUAUUCUGAGUUAACAAUAUUAAAAAAAUAAUAAUAAUUCUGAUGUUCUUUCUU